UCGGCCGUGAUCCCGGACAUGCGCGCCCGCGGCUGGAACGUCCACAUCCUCUCCGGCAGCACCGGCUUCAAUUUUGCUGGGCUCUACCUCCACGAUGGCAACGACUCCAUCAAGUGGCAGCACGUUCUCGACGAGCUGGCUCUCUGCUUUGACCUGCCUUGCAGCUGGCCCUUUGCCUUUGCUUUCGGAGGCUACCUCAACACCGAUGCCGACACUCCUACCACAACCCUUAUUUGCGAGGCGGAACUCGAUCAGUUCGUGCCAUCGCCGCCGCCAUCUCAGUCACCAGACGCGCGAUCCAUUGUGCGCUAUCACCUCGUGCACCACAAACCUUGCACCAUCAACAACUCCUCCCCGCUCGCAGAUCAUCUCAAAGCUGGCUGCGCGAAACCGAUACCAAGACCCCCUCGUCGAAGAGAUCCGCGAUACCUCCCCCCGAAAAAACCCUCGACAGAUGCACGCAUAACACGCUUUCCCCUCCGCCGAACCGUAAAAGCCCAGAAACCAUCCCAGUCGCCAAAACGGAAAUCCGGCUCCGUGUCUCCUGUCCGAGACUUACCAGGCGAACUCAACGACGACAGCGCCAUGACGGCGCCGCCCGACAUGCCCAUCACUGCCGAGGAAGCCCGCAAGACCAUGGACAUAUUCCGAGCUAGCUGCCUCACCGCUGCCGUUCAAUGUGCCGUGUCCGCUCGGGGCCGCUCGUGGUGCCCGGCGCCCAGCUUCGGGCCUGCACUGCAGGCGUGCCACAUCGUCCCGCAACAGCACUACCACGUGUACCCGGACCCGGACGGGCUAAGUGAUCUCGCCGAUGCCGAUGUCUUUUAUAGCUCGAGGCGCCUGGAAGAGGCCUGGAGGAACACGUGGUCGGCCGACAACGGGAUCUUACUACUCUGCCAUUUGCACGACUCGUUCGACCAGCGCUUGUUUUCCAUCCAUCCCGAUACGCUGCGCAUCCGUGCGUUCGUUCCAUACGACGUCGUGCUCGACUACCAUGGAAAAAAGGCCCAGGUGCCGGUCAAUGUCGACCGCGGUGCACUGCGCCACCAUUACGAGAUGUGCUGUAUCGAGAACAUGGCGGCAAAGGCACCACUGAUGGAACGGUCGUCUAUAGCGUCUGGCACCGUA